CAGCGUGCACAUGCACUCUCUCUCUCUCCCUCCCGUGUGUGUGUGUGUGUGUGUGUACUAUGUCUCUCUUUAACUGCAGUUCCAUCCCCGGGACACUCCUGCUGACCUUUCGGGGCGUAGAUGUUUUGAUUUUUUUUUCUUUCUUUCCUUUCAUCAAAGAGGCGUGAGGUGAGGGACGUGGUCACAAGUCAAUAAAAAGUCAGUCAGGCUUUGGAUGGUUGAGUAAAAAAGUGGCGCAGGAGAGGCAGACUCGCACAGGGGAGAAGGAGUGCCGCCCGGGCUGCAAGUCGAUACCUCGUUUGUCUCCUCCUAAGCAGCCUGGACGCUGCCUCCUCCAGUCCACGAUCCUGGAUCCCGGCUCCUCCACGCAAGUGCAAUGUAGUUGAACUUUGGCGCUUGAAGUCAGCAACAUGACCCCUUGGAGCCGCGCCUUGCUCGGACUUACUUGGAGCUGUUUGACCGUCCUGUCCUGUGCGCUCUGCGCCUUCACCGACAACCAUGUGCACUCCAGUUUUAUCUACCGGAGGUUGCGCAAUCACGAGCGGCGGGAGAUCCAGAGGGAGAUCCUCUCCAUCCUGGGCUUGCCCCAUCGCCCGAGGCCCUUCUCUCCGGGGAAGCAGGCGUCCUCGGCGCCGCUUUUCAUGAUUGACCUUUACAACGCCAUGGCGGUGGAGGAAGAGGGGUUGACGCACGGCGCGGGGAAGAGCCACAUGGCCAAGGUUCAAGGGCACGCCAGGAAAGGUUACUACAGCCCCCAGCACGCCGGCUACUCCCGUGUGGCUCAGCCCUACCGAGCGGCCCCUUUGCUGGGUCAGAGCCCGGCGCUCUCCAUGACACAUGACAACAACUUCCUGAAUGACGCAGACAUGGUGAUGAGUUUUGUCAAUUUAGUGGAGAAAGAUAAAGAUUUUUCUCACCAACGAAGACACUACAAGGAAUUCCGUUUUGAUCUGACCCAGAUUCCUGACGGGGAGGCAGUGACUGCAGCGGAGUUUCGAAUCUAUAAGGACCGCAGCCAUGCCCGCUUUGACAACAUCACACUGAAGGUGACUAUUCAUCAGGUCAUCAAGGAGUUCCUCAACAAAGAUGCAGAGACCUUCUUGCUGGACUCUAAAAGGGUCAAAGCGACUGAUGGAGGUUGGCUGGUGUUCGACUUAACAGCAACCAGUAACCACUGGGUGAUGAACCCGCAGCAGAACCUGGGCCUCCAGCUCUCUGUGGAGACUUUAGAUGGGCGCAGUAUCAACAUGAAAUCUGCCGGAAUUGUGGGACGCAAUGGGCCUCAGUCCCAGCAGCCUUUCCUGGUUGCUUUCUUCAAGGCCAGCGGGGUGUUGCUUCGCUCGGUCAGAGCCGCUGGUGGGAAAAGGAAGAACCACAACCGCAAUAAAUCCACGCACCAGCAGGAAUCGUCUCGGGCAGCCAAUAGUGGAGAUCAUAACACAAGUGAGCAAAAGCAAGCCUGCAAGAAGCAUGAGCUUUAUGUCAGCUUCCGUGAUCUGGGUUGGCAGGACUGGAUCAUAGCGCCUGAAGGCUACGCCGCUUUUUACUGUGACGGCGAAUGCUCUUUCCCACUCAACGCGCACAUGAACGCAACAAAUCACGCCAUUGUCCAAACCCUGGUCCAUUUAAUGUUUCCUGAAAACGUGCCAAAGCCGUGCUGCGCUCCCACCAAACUCAACGCUAUUUCAGUGCUUUACUUCGACGACAGCUCCAACGUCAUCCUCAAGAAGUAUCGAAAUAUGGUGGUGAGGUCUUGUGGUUGCCAUUAGUUUAAUUUAUGUUCUUUGCAACGUUUGGGAAACACAUCAGGCUGGGGAUAUGAUGUGCUUGUACAGUGUUAUGUAUAUAAAGUUUUAUUACCUAAUUUAUUCUCUGUUCACAAAUAGCACUGAAUACUGUGAUAUUUAAAUGAUUAGCAAUAAUGUAGAUUCCACAUUGUGCUUAUCGAUCAUAAUUAUGUCCGUUGGCAUAUAUUCCUUUCUAUAAAUCAUCACUUCACUGGAAUCAUUAAGAGACACCCUUUUAAAGGCCUACUGAAAUGAGAUUUUCUUAUUUAAACGAAGAUAGCAGGUCCAUUCUAUGUGUCAUACUUGAUCUUUUCUCGAUAUUGCCAUAUUUUUGCUGAAAGGAUUUAGUAGAGAACAUCGACGAUAAUGUUUGCAACUUUUGGUCGCUAAUAAAAAAGCCGUGCCUGUACCGGAAGUAGCAGACGAUGUGCGCGUGACGUCACGGGUUGUAGGGCUCCUCACAUUGUUUAUAAUCAUAGCCUCCAGCAGCAAGAGGUAUUAGGACCGAGAAAGCGACAAUUUCCCUAUUAAUUUGAGCGAGGAUGAAAGAUUCGUGGAUGAGGAAAUUUAGAGUGAAGGACUAGAAAAAAAACAAAAAAAGGCGAUUGCAGUGGGAGCGAUUCAGAUGUUAUUAGACACAUUUACUAGGAUAAUACUGGAAAAUCCCUUAUCUGCCCAUUGUGUUGCUAGUGUUUUAGUGAGAUUAAAUAGUACCUGAAAGUCGGAGGGCUGUGGCCACGGGUGUGUUGACCGCGAGUGUCUCUGAGGGAAGUCACACAGCUGCAGGAGGACGGAAGCUCCGCUGAUGUCUCCGGUGAGAGCCGACUUAUUACCACAAUUUUCUCACCGAAAACUGCCGGUUGACGUGGUCGGGAUCCAUGUUCGUUUGACCGCUCUGUUCCAUAGUAAAGGUUCACCUUCGGGAAUUUUAAACAAGGAAACACUGUGUGUUUGUGUGGCUAAAGGCUAAAAGCUUCCCACCUCCAUCUUUCUACUUUGACUUCUCCAUUAUUAAUUGAACAAAUUGCAAAAUAUUAAGCAACACAGAUGUCCAGAAUACUGUGUAAUUAUGCGAUUAAAGCAGACUACUUAUAGAUUGGAUCGGGCUGGAAAAUAAUGUCCGCUACAACCCGAAACGUCAAACGCAAGCGUCAUCAUACCGCGACGUUUUCAACAGGACACUUUGCGGGAAAUUUAAAAUUGCAAUUUAGUAAACUAAAAAGACCGUAUUGGCAUGUGUUGCAAUGUUAAUAUUUCAUCAUUGAUAUAUAAACUAUCAGACUGCGUGGUCGGUAGUAGUGGGUUUCAGUAGGCCUUUAAGGUCUUCAUAACUUUGCCAAGUCAUUUUCUAUUUAUUCUAUUGCAAAUCCGCUCUUUUGAAGCGAGGAUGUUUUUAGAAAUACACCAAAAACGUUAAGCCCGCAACUUGAGGUGACUGGAAGAAAAUGUGACUUUAAUCCUCAUCUUUUAUCGCCGUUGCUAGUUUUUGUUUCUUUCACCUUUCCACAUGAAAUUGUCAAUGAUCUAUUGUUCACUUGACUUUACCGAAGAUGUCAUCUUUUUACGUCAGAAAGGUGUCUUAUUCCUCUGUGACCCUACUUUAUGUGAUCUUUGGACAAAGUAUAUCCCAAUGUAAAGUUUUGAGUAUUUUUAAUAAAUAUAUCAUUUCUAAACUGUAA